AGGUGCAGGGAGCCAGCUGACAAGACCGAGUGUUGGUCUGACUCACCACUUCUGCUCUGCACCAUGGGCAAGGACAGGCUGUUAGGUGGCGUGAGCAUUUUCCUCCUGCUCCUCUUCCUCCUCCCUGGAGACACCUCACCCACCACCGAACCGCAGUACAUGGUCUUCGUGCCCUUUUUGGUCCACACCAAGGUUCCUGAAAAGGUCUGUAUCCAGUUGACCCACCUGAAUGAGUCUGUGACGCUGAGCGCCACGCUGGAGCAUGCAGGGGAGAACCGGAGUCUGAUCGCAGACGUGGUGACCGGGAAGGACGUCUUCAAGUGCAUCCCAUUCACCCUUCCUAAGUCUAACAGCUCGGCAGCAGCGUUUCUUACGGUGCUGGUGAAGGGGCCGACGCUGGAGUUCAAGAGCCGGAAGUCAGUGCUGGUCAAGAACUCCGAGAGCUUGUGCUUUGUCCAGACAGACAAGCCCAUCUAUAAACCAGGACAAACAGUCCUGUUUCGUAUUGUCUGUCUGGAUGAAAACUUCCGUCCUCUGAAUAAAGUGAUUCCACUGGUCUAUAUUGAGGACCCACACCGGAACCGUGUGCACCAGUGGCAAGAAGUUGCAUUGAAAGGGGGCUUCACCCAGCUCUCAUUCCCCCUGAUCUCUGAGCCCAUCCAGGGGACCUACAAUGUGAAGGUGCAUAAGGACACUGGGGAGCUGAAACACAACUUUACCGUGGAGGAGUACGUGCUGCCUAAAUUUGAAGUUCUGGUGAAGCUGCCCAAGGUGAUCAGCAUCUUGGAAGAGAAGUUGAAGGUGACAGUCUGUGGCCUAUACACCUUUGGAAAGGCAGUCCCUGGCUUUGUGAGCGUCCGUGUGUGCCGGAAAUAUAACCACCCGGGCACCUUGUGUUAUGGUGAGGAUUCAAAGGCCGUGUGUGAGGAAUUCUCCGGGCAGGCAGAUAGCCAGGGCUGUAUUUCUGAAGUGGUAAAGACCAAGGGAUUCCAGCUCAAGAGAGCUGGGUAUGAGAAUAAAAUCCAGGUGGAAGCCAAGAUUAAAGAGGCAGAGACAGAGGUGGAGUUAACGGAGACAAGUUCCUGUGAAAUCACAUCUACCAUUAGCAAAGUCACCUUUGAGCAAAUGGACUCCCAUUACAAACCUGGGAUCCCUUUUUUUGGGCAGGUGAAGCUGGUGGAUGGGACCAAUGAGCCAAUCAUCAAUGAAACAGUCCGGAUUUCCUUGGAAGGGCGUGACUAUGAAGUCAACUCCACAACAGACGAUCAGGGACGAGCACGAUUUGCUCUGGACACCUCUCAUUUUGAUUCAGCCUCUGUUAGGCUCAUAGCAAUUCAUAAAUCAAAUACCAACUGCUAUGACUAUUCCUGGGUCUCCCCUUUAUACGAACUGGACCAUUUCGUGGCAAAGCCAUUUUACUCCUCAAGUAACAGCUUUCUCAAAAUAGAGCCUGUGUCAGAGACGCUAAGCUGUGGCCAUACACAGGAAAUCCAGGUGCACUACAUCCUGAAGCCAGAGGCCAUAGGGGAGCAGAAGGAAAUCAUCUUCUACUAUCUGCUGAUGGCCAAAGGAGGCAUUGUGCGAGCAGGGACCCAAGCACUGGCUGUGGAGUCUAAUGAUGUUAAUGGGACCUUCUCUCUGAUGCUCCCUGUGGAGUCUGAUAUAGCACCCCUGGCACAGAUGCUCAUAUACACCACUUCACCCCAUCAGGAGAUUAUUGCUGAUUCAGUCAAAUUCCAGGUUGAAAAUUGCUUUGCUAAUAAGGUCGACUUGCAUUUCUCAGCUGCUGAGGGUCUCCCAGCCUCCAACACUCAGCUCCAGUUUAAAGCCUCCCCAGACUCCCUGUGUGCCGUCCGUGCUGUGGAUUCAAGUGUCCUCCUUAUGAAGCCUGAAACUGAGCUCUCACCCAACUCUGUGUAUAACCUGCUGCCUGUGAAGGAACUUAAGGGGUACCACCAUGGCACAGACAUGCUGCCGGAGGAUCCCCAGGACCAGUGCAUUAUACCAGAGCAGAUGUACGUGAACGGAGUCACCUAUGCUCCAGUGUCAUGGCCCAAAGAAGAGGAUACUUACAUCAUGAAGGAGAUGGGUCUAAAGGUCUUCACCAACAUGAGAAAGCCACAUUACUGCCUUUUCAUCCAUGGACCUGCAUGGCCUUAUGGAAUUGCUGCAGGAAUUCCCGCCGCCGCCUCUGGAAUCGUAGCAGGCGGUUUCAGUGCACAAGGUUACAGUCCACAAUAUGAGAGCUAUGACACUCCUCCAGAAGAGGUGGAGAGCGUUCGAAAUUAUUUCCCAGAGACCUGGCUUUGGGAUUUAGUGCCUGUAACUUCAGAGGGCAGUGCUGAUUUGGCCUUGACCAUCCCCGACACCAUCACAGAGUGGAAAGCCAACGCCUUCUGCACCUCGAGCGACACUGGCUUUGGCCUGUCCCCGACUGUGUCCCUCAGAGCCUUCCAGCCCUUCUUCUUGGAGCUCACCCUGCCCUACUCCGUAGUGCGCGGUGAGGCCUUCACGCUAAAGGCCACUGUCUUCAACUACCUGGGCCGCUGCAUCAGGGUCAGGGUGUCACUGGCUCCAUCUGCCGACUUCCGGGCUACCCCUGUGGAGAAGGAAGAAGAAUCUUAUUGUCUCUGUGUGAAUGGACGGAAAACAGUGUCCUGGGCUGUAACCCCAAAAUCUCUGGGGCAUGUGAAUUUCUCAGCGAGCGCAGAGGCCCUGAAGACAGAGCUGCUUUGUGGCAACGAGAUAGCGGUGCUUCCUGAGACAGGGCAGAAGGACACCAUGAUCAAACAGCUGUUAGUGGAGCCCGAAGGGAUUAAGACAGAAACAACCUUCAACUCUCUGCUCUGUGCAAGUGGAAGUGCAGAAGCAGGGAAGAUUUCCCUGAAGCUCCCUCCGAACGUGGUACAGGGCUCAGCCAGAGCCCAUGUGACAGUGCUGGGCGAUAUCCUGGGCACGGCCAUGCAGAACCUGCAGCAGCUCCUCCAGAUGCCCUUCGGCUGCGGGGAGCAGAACAUGGUCCUGUUUGCCCCCAACAUCUACGUCCUGGACUAUCUGAACAAGACGGGGCAGCUGAGCGAGGAGACCAAAUCCAAGGCCAUCGGCUACUUAGUCAGCGGUUAUCAGAGGCAGUUGAAUUACAAGCACAUGGAUGGCUCUUACAGCACAUUUGGGGAGUACCACAAGCAGCCGGGGAAUACCUGGCUGACGGCCUUCGUCCUCAAGUCCUUCGCGCAGGCCCGCUCCCACAUCUUCAUCGAGGAGAGGCACGUGCAGGAUGCCCUGGCCUGGCUCGCUGGCAAACAGAAGGAAAACGGCUGCUUCCAUAGCUCUGGGAUGCUGCUGAACAACGCCAUCAAGGGCGGGGUGGACGAUGAGGUUACGCUCUCAGCCUACAUCACCAUCGCGCUGCUGGAGAUUCCUCUGCCCAUCACGCACUCUGUGGUCCGCAAUGCUCUCUUCUGCCUGGAGAUGGCCAUGGAGCAGGGAGGAACCCACGUGUACACCAGGGCACUGCUGGCCUACGCCUUCGCCCUGGCGGGGAAGGAGGAGAAGCGCAGGGCCCUGCUGGACUCGCUGGACAAGGAAGCAGUGAAAGAAGACGGCUCCGUUCACUGGCAGAGGCCUGGGAAGCAGCCAGAGGCCAAUCUCCCCUUCUAUCACCCCCGGGCUCCCUCUGCUGAGGUGGAGAUGACGUCCUACGUGCUCCUGGCUUACCUCACCGUGCGGCCGGAACUGUCCCGGGAUGACCUGUCGUCGGCAGCUCAAAUCACAAAGUGGAUCAGCAAACAGCAGAAUCCCAACGGGGGCUUUUCCUCCACCCAGGACACGGUGGUGGCGCUCCAGGCCUUGUCCAAAUACGGAGCCUCGACCUACGCCAAGAGCGGAGGAGCCUCCACAGUGACCCUGCAAUCCACAGGGAACUUCCAGACCCACUUCCAGGUGGAUCACACCAACCGUCUUCUGCUCCAGCGUGUGGCACUGCCAGAGGUGCCAGGGGACUACAGCAUGGGGGUGACAGGAGAAGGGUGUGUCUACGUGCAGACCAGCCUCAGGUACAAUGUGCUCCCCAAGCCGGACGAGGCGCCAUUCGCACUGGAAGUACACACGGUCCCCGAGACAUGUGACAGCCCCAGGGCCCACAAGACUUUCAGCAUCGCCAUAAACAUCAGCUACACAGGGAAACGUCCCGUCUCCAACAUGGUCAUCGUCGACGUUAAGAUGCUGUCAGGAUUCAUCCCUGUGAAACCCUCAGUGAAAAAGUUGGAGAGAGAGAACCAGAUUCACCGCACAAGAUGGGUCCCCUAUAAUAUGGCGACAAACCGGGAGCAGCUGGAAGGACAGCACCAUAUCCACCGCACAGAACUCAGCGCCAACCACGUGCUGCUGUACAUGGAGCAGGUGAGCAACGUGACUCAGAGCUUCUCCUUCGCAGUGGAGCAGGACUUCCCUGUGCAGAGUCUGAAGCCGGCGCUGGUGAAAGUCUACGAUUACUACGAGACGGAUGAAUUUGCCAUCGCGGAGUACGGCGCCCCCUGCAGCAAAGCCCCAGCGAAGGGUGACCAGGGAAAUGCAUGAAUGAUGGAGCUGUGUUCUGGAACCUGUUGGAUCAUCUCUGCAUGCAGCAAUCCCCCAGGUGAAGCAGGUUAAUAUAGCAGUGGGGAAACCCCUCAGCACCAUACGAUGAAUGUUAUAAAUAAAUUGUCAUGGUUCUGAUCAGUU